AUGUUUCUGUUCCUUCUUGCUGGUUUUUCCUGCCUUCAAAUUUCACUUAGCGAAGCAAGGCAACUUAAACGAUUUAAGAAACAAGAAAAACACGAUUUUUCAGCUAUCCUUCCUGCAAAUGCUUCCCUUCAAAUUGUAGGACAAAAGCGCAUUCCCCCACCAACUAAUCAAAAACAUGAAAUCGACAAUUCUCAUGCAAUGGGUGUAAAUGAUUUUCAACCUACAUCACCAGGAAAGAGUCCUGGAAUUGGGCACUCUUUUCUAGCCCAAAAGGACAACGUUGCAGGAAACACUGAUGUCUUUCGACCCACAGGACCAGGUCACAGUCCCGGACAAAAGCGCAUUCCCCCACCAACUGAUCAAAAAAAUGAAAUCGACAGUUCUGAUGCAAUGGGUGUAAAUGAUUUUCGACCUACAUCACCAGGAAAGAGUCCUGGAAUUGGGCACUCUUUUCCAGCUCAAAAGGACAAAGUUGCAGGAAAGACUGAUGACUUUCGACCCAUAGGACCAGGUCACAGUCCCGGUAUUGGUCAUUCUUUUGCAAACAAGACCACUGGACCAAAUGCAUAA